ACUUCACGUUCUUGUUCUCUUCGCUUAUAGAGUUGAGAGCUGCUUCUCUCUCUCUCUCUCUCUUUCUCUGAAAUGGUUGAAAAGGGUUAGAGUUCAAUACGCUGAGAUUUGAGUUCGAAAACACCAGGUCAAGUGUACGUAAACUAGUUGCUCAGGUUCUCAGGAUGCUUGCUCUGACAGAUUCUCCACUAUUUAUUCCUAAAACAUUUGAAGCAAUUAAGAUACCAACAAGUGCACGAAGCACUGUGGUAUGUGCUGCAAAAGGUCCAAGACCAAGAUAUCCCCGAGUUUGGAAGACCCAUAGAAAAAUUGGGACCAUUUCCAAGGCUGCUAAGCUUGUUCAGUCUAUUAAGCAACUGUCAAAUGUCAAAGAGGAAGUUUAUGGAGCUCUGGAUACCUAUGUUGCUUGGGAGUUAGAGUUCCCUUUAAUUACAGUAAAAAAGGCACUCAAAACUCUAGAAUAUGAACAAGAAUGGAAGAGAGUAAUACAGAUAGCAAAAUGGAUGUUAAGCAAGGGUCAAGGAAAGACUAUGGGGAGCUAUUUUACAUUACUUAAUGCUUUGGCAGAGGAUGACCGACUUGAGGAAGCUGAAGAGCUUUGGACUAAGUUAUUAAUGCAGUACAUGGAAAGCUUGCCUCGUAGAUUCUUUGAUAAAAUGAUAUCUAUCUACCAUAAGAGGGGCAUGCAUGAAAAGAUGUUUGAGGUAUUUGCAGACAUGGAGGAGCUUUGUGUUCGACCUAGUGUUUCUGUUGUGUCGAUGAUCGGAAAAGUCUUCUUGGAGCUGGGUAUGCAGGACAAAUACGAGAAGUUGCAUAGAAAAUAUCCACCACCUAAUUGGGAAUAUCGAUACAUCAAAGGAAAGCGCAUAAAAAUCAAAGUGCAAGAUCGGUCUAAUCAAGUCAACAAAUACAUCAAAAAGCGUGAGAGUGUUGAACCUAAUUCAGACUUAGAGGAUGAUAGAUCUGAAGAGACUUCAGAGGUAAUUGAUGAUGAGCAAUUCAUACAGGAUGACAAUGUAAUAUGCAUGGAACCUGAACAAAUUUCAGAUGAUUCAUAUGAGAGUAUGGAACCAGCUUAGAUGUGUAAUGGGAUAAAGAUGAUAUAAUAUGACUAUCAGAUAAGUUUCUGUUGGCAGUUAGUCACAAGUUGUUGGGAGAUGGAGUGAAGACGUUCUAGGAGAAGCACAAGGAGAACAUGUUUUUUAAAAUUUCACAAAACGUAAGCUUGAGAAUCUGGUGGUAGCCAUUUCAUUUAUGAGGUUAUCAGAUAGAUCAUUUAACAAGCCAGCGACUAAACAAAUCAGACAUCCUGCAUCAUCGAAGCCCAAGAUGUGAUGUUUUAUCUCAAGCCAGUAUCAAUGCUGAACUAGAAAGUGGGUGCUUUGGCUUGAAAUUUUCCUCAAUGUGCAACUUCAUCUGGAGAUUGAGGAUAAUUUUCCAAUGUAUUGGCUUUGAUUAGGCUUUAGUUUUGCAGGUUGGUUUAUGUUGCUCGUAUAUAUAAUGUUCAAAUUCUUAAACCAUGAUAAUUAAUUUGUCCAAAAAUAUACAAAAACAAUU